GCCUCUUUAAGUUUGUUGUUGGAAUUCUCUAGAUACUCCUCUCCAUGAAACAACCUCAAAGUUGACACCGAAAAUUAUUCCCAACUCCAUUUUAUCAAAUUAAAGUUUUCUGAGAUGGAUGAGAAUUUUGAUUUGGCAAAUGCUGGGAUGGACGAAAUGGCAAUGGAUCCUGAAAAGUUUUUGAAGGUGGGAGAAGAGAGAGAAAUUGGAGACAAAGGAUUGAAGAAGAAGCUUCUCAAGGAGGGAGAAGGGUGGGAGAAUCCUAAAUUUGGUGAUGAAGUUGAAGUUAAUUAUGUGGGCACUUUGCUGGAUGGGACUCAAUUUGAUUUUAGCCUCACUCCUCUCAAAUUUAAGCUGGGACAAGGAGAUGUAAUAAAAGGAUGGGAUGAAGGUAUUCAGACAAUGAAGAAAAGUGAAAAGGCCCUAUUUACUAUACCACCAGAGUUAGCCUAUGGAGAGUUUGGUUCCCCUCCAAAAAUACCCCCCAAUUCAACACUUAAGGUUGAAGUUGAGUUGCUCUCUUGGAUUAGUUGGAAGGAUAUAUGCAAGGAUGGAGGAUUAUUAAAAAAAGUUCUUGUUGAAGGAGAGGGUUGGCAGAAUCCUAGGGACCCUGAUGAAGUUUUUGUCAAAUUUGAAGUUCAGCUUGAAGAUGGGACUGUGGUGUUGAAAGAAGAUGCUGUGGAAUUUACUGUGAGAGAAGUUAUGGGAUCAAUUGGAUACAAAUUAUUUUCAUUUUCGUGUCAUUUCUGUCCGGCUUUAUCCAAAGCUGUUAAAACAAUGAAAAAGGGUGAAAAAGCUCAUUUGCUUGUAAAGCCCCAAUAUGGAUUUGGAGAGAAAGGAAAACCGGCUGCUGGUAAUGAAUUUUAUGUGCCACCAAAUACGACUCUUCAGAUAAAUCUGGAGUUAGUCUCCUGGAAAAUUGUUUCUGACAUUAGUCAUGACAAAAAAAUUCUGAAGAAGAUCAUUAGGGAAGGAGAGGGCUACGAACGUCCACAUGAUGGUGCAAAUGUACGAGUCAAACUGACUGGUAAGCUGCAUGAUGGAACUAUUUUUGUGAGAAAGGGGCAUGAUAGCGAGCCACCUCUUGAGCUCAAGGUGGAUGAAGACCAAGUAAUAGAGGGACUUGAUAGAGCUAUUAAGACCAUGAAGAAAGGGGAAGUUGCACUUGUUGUUAUUCAGCCAGAGUAUGCAUUUGGGCAAUCUGAAUCUUUACAGGAGCUGGCUGUUGUCCCCGGAAACUCAACUGUGUAUUAUGAAGUUGAGAUGAUCUCCUUUGACAAGGAAAAGGAAUCUUGGGAUAUGAGUGCAGACGAGAAAAUUGAUGCCGCAGGUAAGAAGAAGGAGGAAGGGAAUGUAUGGUAUAGAGCAGGAAAAUACCUGAGAGCUUCAAAGAGAUAUGAAAAGGCUAUCAGCUUUAUUGAUUAUGACUCCUCUUUCAGUGAGGAAGAGAAGGAAAGGGCAGAAGUGCUCAAAGUCUCAUGCAAACUUAACAAUGCAGCUUGUAAAUUGAAACUGAAAAAGUUCAAGGAGACGGUGAAACUCUGUAGUGAAGUCCUAGAAAUUGACAGUAGAAAUGUUAAAGCUCUUUACAGAAGGGCACAAGCAUAUAUUGAUCUGGUAGAGUUGGAAUUAGCCGAGAAAGAUAUCAAGAAUGCACUUGAAAUAGAUCCCGACAAUAGGGAUGUUAAAAAGGAGUACAAAAUCCUGAAAGAUAAAGUAAAAGAAUAUGACAGGAAAGACGCACAGUUUUACGGUAACAUUAUUGCCAAGAUGAAAAAGUCGGAACGGGUUGAAUACUUGGAUCCACCAAAGAAGCAGGGGUCUAUGUCAGUGGCUAUUGAUAUGUUGCUUAUGAUUGUCUUGUUGCUUCUGAUGUUCAGUCCUCAUGUCAUACGAACGUGCAUAAUUAUAACCAUCAACAUGUUCCUUCAAACAGGAUUCGGAAGAGCAGUUGGAGGCCUUGCAGAGAAAGCUGUCCAAACAUUUAAGAGUGGAAGCCAAUACAUGAUGACGUGGCAGAUCGGAAAAUUGACAUGGCCAAUACUCGGUGACACGUCAUCUCAGGCCCUUCCAAAAACCCUCAAUAUCGCGGCCAUCAAUCGUCUUCAUCCUUCUCCUAAGACGUGCGACUCCUCUCAGCAAGUAGCAAAUCCUAGAUUCCAUCUCCUCCAUAAUCAUGUCCCUUAUCUUCCUCCAUCAACGAGAAAUCAGUAG